AUGGCGUCGCUCGAAGUGCUCGCGUACACGUUCGGCGUGCUGGCCGUGGUGCUGUUCGGCGCGGGCGCGUGCGCGUUCGCAGUGUACCGCGAGGUGAAGCAGGGCGGCCCCGACACGCCCGACUUCUUUCUCACGGCGCGCAAGUCGGUCCCCAUGCUCACCAUCGCGUGGUCGUUCUACGCGGGCGCGAUGGGGUCGUGGGCGCUGUUCGGGCCGCCCUCCUACUGCGCGUUCGCGGGCACGCUGGGGAUGAUCAUGUACUCGAUAUCAGCAGGCCUGCCUAUCAUCGUAGUCGCGUACUUCGGCGCGGUCAUCCACCGCCUCGUGCCCUCCGUCGUCUCCAUGGCGGACUACGUGCGCCGCCGCUUCGGCCUCGUCAUCUCGCUCUACGUGUCCGGUCUGAUGCUGUUCAACAUGGGCGUGGCGAUCACAGCGGAGUACACGGCGGUGGGGACUGAACUGACACCAUUACCUUCCCCCUCGUCCCCAACAUCCCCCCCACCACCAGGCGGGCAUAUCAGUGGUGUUCGUGUUUGUGCCCUUCAUAUUCACCUUCUCCUGUUCCUCUGCACCACCACUGUCCCUAACCUUCCUUGCCCCUUCUCAUUCUCACCACGCCCCUUCCCCAAUCACCAAGACCAGGCGUGCAUAUCGGUGGUGCUCGUGCUCGUCUUCGCGGGCAUAUCAGUGGUCUUCGUGCUCGUCCUCUUCAUUUUCGUCUGCGCCACCUUCGACGCGCCUCUGGGUCCGCUCCCCUCAUCACCCGUCGACCUCACGUGGAGCAACGAGUUGGGGCUGGCGUCCAUUGGAGUCAUGCCCAUCUCGCUCAUCUCCUCCACGCUCUUCAGUGAAGCCAUGUGGCAGCGGCCUGCCUCGCCUCCAUUGCAGUCAUGCCCGUCUCGCUCAUCUCCUCCACGCUCUUCAGUGAAGCCAUGCGGCGGUGGUGAGCCAUCAAGCUGUUGUCAUCCAAUCACAAGGCACUGCGGGGGGGAGCAGCGCUUUCCCCUCAAGCUGACCUUUGAGCUCCGCUGCUUCUCAUCCCCGUCCCCCUUUCCUAGGUGCUGGGCGUCAGCGAAUCGCAAGGCACUGCUGGGGGGAGCAGCACUGGCGUCGGUGGCCGUCACCAUCGUCGUCUUCCUCUUCGGCUUCGGCGUGGCCGUCUCCAUUGUCGUCUUCCUAUUCGGCUUCAGUGGUAUGCACCCUCCUGCUCUCGCCCUUACGCUCGCUGCUUGUGCUCGCCCCUUGCUCUCCUCUUGCUCCCCCCUUGCCUGCCUGCUCUCCCCUUGCCUGCCUGACCAACACCCGCUUACUCGCCGUGUGGGGCGGCGUGCAGCAGCCCAACGACGACGCCACCCACACCACCACCACCAUUCGCUUCCCUCUCAUCAACCACUCCACACCCCUGCAUUCCCCUUCCACCCGCACCUUCCAGGCUUACUCGCCGUGUGGGGAGGCGUGUGGCAGCCGAACGAGGAUAUGACCAACACCAACACCAUCCUUUUCUCGCUCUUCAACAACACGACCUGGAUCCUAGUCAUCGCCACCGUGCUUGCUGUCGUCAUGUCUGAGUCCGCAGUCGACUCGCUCCAAAACGCCAUCGCCGACACGCUCACCACGGCCUUCCUCGCCAUCAUCGACUUCUUCCUCUCAGUCUCAUUCGACACGGUCGAGGCCGCAGUGGCGAAAACCGCCUUCAUGGCCGUCUUUGAAGCCAAGGGCAUCUGGGCGAUCCGGGUGAUCGUGCUUCUGUUCAACAUCCCUCCGCUGGUCGUCGCCCUCAAGGGGUACAACGUCCUCCAGCUCUUCCUCCUCGCAAACCUCCUCACUACCACCUCGGUGAUCCCCGUGCUCGCGGGUGUGAUCCCCGGAAAAUGGACCCGCAAGGCCAUCACGCCGUUCUCGGUCGGCUUUGGGUGCCUGUCUGGGAUCGCUUCUCUCUUCAUCUGGACGCAGAUCUACUCGGUCAAGUAUGACAUGUCGUAUUCUGAUUCGCUCUACCAGGUGUUUCUAUUCGCGUACGACUACCCUCCGUUCCUCAUGGCUCUCGGGUUCUCGGUUACGGGGAUGGUGGUGGGUGCGGGGUUUGAGGCUGUGGCAAGGGUUGUGCUCAAGAAGGAGUACCCCGAGUUUGACCUGGGUUCGGAGGAGUUGCCGGAGGUGCAGGGCGGUGAGAUGGCGGAUGCAGCGAUGGAGAAGCUGGGCAUGGGUGAUGGUGGUCGUUGA